ACUGCGUACGCUUUGGCCGCCGUACAUCUCGCAACAGACCAACACUACCGUCCGGGGGUCGCGCGCUCUGUACCGCACUGCACGUCAUUCGCGUCGGGUCGCGUUUUAUUUAUCUGGCUUCCUUAGCUUAUUAUUUUUUUUUAGAACGCGCGCUCAGACAAAUUAAUUAAUAAUUUAGCUGUACAACGUAACGAUUUGCCGUUGCGUCGCAGUGUACCAAAGUGUUGGUGUGUGUGUGCGUUUUUGUUGCUAAUAAUUGCGGCACCGUGUUCGGUUUCCCCCGAGAGUGCGGCUAGCUCGUGGGCGGGUGUGCAGCAAAGCAAGGUGGGAAGCAAGGGGAGUGACCGAAGGAGAUGCCGAAGAUGGCCGCCACCGUCUCGCGAUCGUACGCACUCGACGUGCGCGGCUCUGUAGCGGCAAGAAUGUGAUGCGCGGCGCGGUGAAAGAUACAAAUUCUUGCCCUUUUUGGUGGAGCGAUCUGUAAGAAAGUGUGUGUGAGUUUGUGUUGGUGUGGAUCGAAACAAAUAUCGAAAUUAUCGAUACCGCGGAGCGCGGAGUUGUGAUGCUGCGCUGAAGACAACGAGCGAGCAAGAUCGAGUUUAUGUUUUGUUCUCAAAGGGUCGAUUGUCUAAAAAAAUUGGUCGAAAAAAUAUUCAUUCUGUAGCCAAAUUUGUGAAGAGUAAUUUAAUUUUGUGCUUGUGUAUGUGUGUGUGUAUCUGUGCGAGAGAAAAAGAGAAAAAAAGGAAGAUCGUCUGAGGAUAAUGCUGUUGCAGAUAAGAAUUCCAUCACACAAGUGUUGCUAAGCUGUGUGUGUGCGUGUGCGUUUGUGUGCGUCUGCACUUGUAUGUGUGUGUUCAGCAUCCUCGAUGCCGUGCCGUCGUGCUAUGACGAGAUGGGCAAGGUCAAACAAUGCAACAGUAGGGUACGGCACCGGUUGCCCCUUUCGUCCUGUGGACAGGCCACAGUUACGCACAGGCGCGAGCCAACAAUCACCGCUCGAUCCAGCAUCGAUCUCGGGCAGGCAGCUCAAGUCCAUCCUCGGACGAUGGUGAAAACGAUGCCAAAACGUAGCAGCAGUAGGCACUUGGUGCUUGCAACGCUGCUGCUUGCACAUUUAAUUACCUUUGGAUUUAUAAACAAUUGCCUAGGUGUAAAUGCAGCCACGGCCACAGCGCUGGGACCGGUCGCUUCCGCCGACCAUUACAGCUCCGCGACGGCCGCCAGCCCGACCAACACGAUCCUGCUGCUCUUCACCACCUACUACGAUCUGCGCGUCCUGAACGUGUCGGUGCAGCCGGACACGAACGCGCUCACCUACACGAUGGACGUGCUGCUGCAGGACCUGAACGAAGCCUCGGCGAUGGACUUUUACCAUGCGCGCGGGCUCGUCUGCUGGACGGAGAACACGCUCGAGGUGAUACAGUGCGGCCGCACAAACGGCACGCUGAGCGUCACGAGCAAGACGACUGUGAUAACGGACGGGCUGGACAAGCCGGAGGGUCUCGCGAUCGACUGGUACACGGACAAGCUGUACUGGACGGACGGCGAGUCGAACCGGAUCGAGGUGGCGCAGCUAGAACCGAUGGGAGGAGGAGGAGCAGGAGCGACUGGUGGUGGUGGUGGCAUUGGAGGUAGCGGCAAACAACCAAACGCACGCCUGCAGAAGGUGCUGAUCUGGAGCGAUCUGGAUCAGCCACGGGCGAUCGCACUCGUCCCCGCCCGCCGCUACAUGAUCUGGACGGACUGGGGCGAAAGCCCGAAGAUUGAGCGGGCCAGCAUGGACGGUGACCCGCAGAGCCGGACGGUGCUGGUGAACGAUCGGAUAUUCUGGCCGAACGGGCUGGCGGUCGAUCUGGAGCAGGAGCUAAUCUAUUGGGUCGACGGCAAUCAGCGCUUUCUGGACGUGAUGGAUUUGGACGGCGGGAAUAGGCGCACGCUGGUGCGCAACCUCGACUACCCAUACAGUUUGACGUUCACGGCGAACUUUUUGUUCUGGACGGACUGGAAGGAUGGCACGCUGCACUACUACGACAUACAGCGCGAUCGGCACAAGGAGCUGCUGCGCAAGACGGAGGUGCCGAUUACGGUGCACGCGUGGGAUGGCCGGUUACAGCCCGAGGCGGCCACGGAUGCGUCGAAUCCUUGCCGGCGCAACAAUGGCAACUGUUCCCAUCUUUGCCUGCUGUCGACGGUAGCGCCGGCAGGGUACAGUUGUGCGUGUCCGACCGGGAUAAAGCUGCUAACGGCGACGCAGUGUGCGGAUGGACCGCAGGACAUGCUGUUCGUGGUGCAGCGCUCCCAGAUCAACAGGAUAUCGCUCGACUCGCCCGACUAUUCCAUCGUGCCGCUGCCAGCGGGGAAGCUCCGGUACGCGAUCGCCAUCGAUUACGAUCCAGUCGAAAACUACGUGUACUGGUCGGACAAGGAGGAAAGUGCAAUCAAGCGAGCCCGUGCGGAUGGAACGGGCGGCCCAGCGGAAGAGAUUGUCACGGCAGAGAUACAAGCACCGGAUGGGCUCGCGAUCGACUGGCUGGCAAGAAACCUCUACUGGACGGACACGGGAACAGACCGGAUACAGGUGUGCCGGCUCGAUGGAUCCUUCCGCCGCGUGCUCAUCUACGACAAUCUGGUCGAGCCGCGUGCGAUCGCCCUAGCGCCCACGCUCGGCUGGAUGUUUUGGAGCGAUUGGGGCGCAAAGGAGCCGAAAAUCGAGCGUGCCUCCCUGGACGGCACGGAGCGUGUGCUGAUCGUGUCGCAGAACCUGAUCUGGCCGAACGGUAUCGCGCUCGAUGUCGGGGCGCGCAAGAUCUACUGGUGCGACGCGAAGGCGGACACGAUCGAGGUAGCGAACAUGGACGGGUCGGGACGCAACACGAUCCUGUCCGACAAUCUGCCGCACGUGUUUGGGCUCAGCCUGCUCGGGGACUACCUGUACUGGACCGAUUGGCAGCGGCGCUCGAUCGACCGGGCGCACAAACUGACCGGUGCCGAGCGGGCCACGAUCGGCGAAAACAUUGCCGAGCUGAUGGGGCUGAAGGUGACGCGGCUGCAUGAGGUGCAGGGCACGAAUCCGUGCGCGGUGGCCAACGGUGGCUGCUCGCAGCUGUGCUUGAACCGGCCGCGCGAUUACGUGUGCCGCUGUCAGCUGGAUUAUGAGCUUGGGCGGGACAAUCGGACGUGCUUGGUGCCGGCCGCUUUCCUGCUGUUUUCCAACCACGGAAGCAUUGGGAGGCUUUCGAUCGAUAGUCACAACCAUGCGGACUACGCACCGUUUCGGAAUGUGGUCGAUGCGCACUACCUGGACGUGGAUGUGGCGGAUCGGAGGAUUUACUGGGUCAGCCAGAAGCAGAAGUACAUCUCGCGCGCGUACAUUAACGGCUCGGACGUGCAGCGCAUCGUCGAGACGGGACUGAUGCAGCCGGAGGGCAUCGCGGUGGAUUGGCUGGCGCACAACGUGUACUGGACGGAUGCUGACGCGCGGCGCAUCGAGGUGGCCCGAUUGGACGGGAGCAGUCGAAGGAUUUUGAUCUGGAAGGGCAUCGAGGAGCCGAAGAACUUGAUCCUGGAGCCGCGGAAAGGUUUGAUGUACUGGACGGAGUGGCCUUCGGAUUCGAUUCGGCGGGCGGCGAUGGACGGCGGGGAUUUGCUAACGAUCAUUUCCGGCGCUAAUCAUGCGAUUGGUUUGACGCUCGAUCCGGACACGCGCCGGCUGUACUGGGCGAGGCAGAGCUCACCGACCGGGAUCGAAAGUGCGGACUGGGACGGGAAACGGCGAACGCGGCUAGUGAUGGCGGACGCGGCGGAUAGCAAUCGGUUCGUUCCGGUUGCUCUUACCAUCUACCAGGAUUGGGUGUACUGGGCCGACUGGACGACGGAUGAGAUUGGACGGGCGAACAAAACGACCGGCGACAAUCGGACGAUCGUGCACACGAAUCUGAAGUACACGUAUGCGCUGCUCGCUUUCCAUGCCGGCCGGCAGUCGGGCUCGAACCAGUGCCGCACGAAUAAUGGUGGUUGUACGCAUCUGUGCCUGGCACAGGGUCAGCGUAAGAUGACGUGCGCCUGUCCGACGCAUUACACGCUGAACGCGAAUCGUGUUUCGUGCAGUCCACCGCGGAACUAUAUCAUCUUCAGUCAGCGGAACUCGUUUGGACGGUUUGUGCCGAACACGGCUGAUUCGCCGGACAUUCCACUGCCGGUUACGGGGAAGAACAUCCGUGCAGUGGAGUAUGAUGUUCUUACGCGUCACAUUUACUGGAUUGACGGACGCGGUCCCAUAAUUCGGCGUGCGUUUGACAACGGCACUAACGCGAAGGUAUCCAUCAACCCAACGUCCUCCCCGUUCGACAUGGCGAUCGAUCCGAUCGGUCGGCUACUCUUCUGGAGCUGUUCGCAUACCAACACCAUCAACAUCACUACUCUGGAUGGUAAUAUCGCGAGCAUCGGUAACGUGGACAUUGGCCGCACGGAGAAACCGCGCAGCCUAGCGCUACAUCCGAUGAAGCGACUGCUGUUCUGGACGGACGUCGGUUCAGCCCAGUCAAUUACGCGCGCCAAGCUGGACGGUUCCCAGCGGGUCGAGCUGAUCACGAAGCUGGAAGGCAUACAGGCGCUGGCGCUCGAUCCGCAGCUCAAUCGGUUGUUUUACGCGCACGGCAAACGCAUCGACACGAUGGACAUCAACGGGCAGGAUGUGAGAACGUUGGUCGCCGAGCACAUAAGUAUGGUGUCGUCAAUCGCCGCGCUCGACGGGUUCAUCUACUGGCUGGACGAGCGGCCGGUGAUGGAGCGCAUCUCGGUGCAGGGCGACAACCGGCGGGUGGAAAUACACAAAAACCCGCACAUGACGGACAUUGUGGCGGUGUGGACACCGGACGAUCGGGCACUGCGCAAUCACACCUGCAACACGGCACGGGCGGAGUGCAGCCACAUCUGCAUCGGCUCGCCGGACGAUGCGCCGGCCGAUCACGUGUGCGCCUGUCCGCAGGGCCUGAUGCUGCUGAAGGACCGGCGCAGCUGCGGCGAGCAGCCGAUCUGUGGCCCGGACCACUUUACCUGCGCCGCACCGAGCGAGCUGGCCGACCGGGACGGCAACAAGGAGUGCAUUCCGUCGUCGUGGCGCUGCGACGGCCAGAAGGACUGCCCGGACCGGUCGGACGAGAUGGACUGUCCGACGUGCCGGGGCGACCAGUUCAAGUGCCAGUCGGGCGAGUGCAUCGACAAGCAUCUGGUGUGCGACGGUACGACGCAGUGCUUGGACGGGUACGAUGAGGCGGUUUGCUGCAAGAACCCGGAAGAUUUCCAGUGCCCCACGAGCAAGGUGUGCAUCUCGUUUCACAAUGUGUGCGAUGGGGACGAGCACUGUGCGAAGGGGGAGGACGAGGCGCCGGAGAUCUGCAGCGAGUACGGCAACCGGCGGAUGGCACCGAGCUCGAGCAAGAUCACGCUGCUGAUCGUGGUCGUGACGGCGGUGGCGGUCGUCUUUCUCGUGGUGUACCUGCUGCAAACGUUCCGCACGCGCUUCGGUACGGGCGGCAGUGGGCUCGAGCCGAAGGAAUGCGACCAGGCGGCGGCACCGCUGUCCCCCGGUGGGCUGAACAAAAACAUACGCGUCUCGAAGCUGGCCUCGGUGGCGGACGCGGUACGCAUGUCGACGCUAAACAGCCGCACCAGCGGUGGCAGCUACGAUCGGAACCACAUCACGGGCGCGAGCAGCAGCACCACGAACGGGAGCAGCCUGAUCGGGUACCCGCUGAACCCGCCGCCGUCCCCGGCGACGACGGCCGGCUCGACCGGCCGGUACUGCAACAGCAGCUACCAUCCGUACAAGCACUACAAAAUCAUUAACCAGCCGCCACCGCCGACGCCGUGCUCGACCGAUGCGUGCGACGAGAGCGACUCCAACUACACGAGCAAAAGCAAUCGCAGCCAGCGGGGCGGGGGCGGUGGUGGCCAUGGUUCCGGUACGACGGGCGGCGGCACUAGCAGCUCGGUCGGUAGUGGCAGCGGCGGCGGCCGGCAUGGGCACGAUCGGCGCGGUUCGCUGCAGGGCAAGUACAAGGAGCGGUGCUACGAUCCGGAACCGUAUCCACCGCCGCCGACACCCCGCUCCCACUAUCACAGUGAUAUUGGGGGUAUGCUGCCCGAAAGCUGCCCCCCGUCGCCGAGCUCGCGAAGCUCGACGUACUUUUCGCCGCUGCCGCCGCCACCCUCACCGGUACCUUCCCCUUCGCGGGGGUUCUCGUAGCAGUUAAAGCACGGAGGCGGCGACAUCGAUGACGAGGAAGAGGAAGAGGAGGAGGAAGUGGACCAGCGAGAGGAGGAUGAUGUUGAGGUGGAGUAUGACGGGGGUUCGUUCCCAGUGCACUGAGAAUCCCGUUUUUACAAGCAUCGCCAUCUUCCGGUUUUUUUUUUGUGCCAUUAUUGAAGCGCGUCGUGUCCAAGCCUCUUGAUUCGCUUCUUCCAAGGAUCGUCGCCUCCGGGAUAGUUUGUAAGGGAUCUGUAAAGAGAGCUGUAUUUGUAAGGACCUGUAUUUUGCUCCACCCGUUUACCCCCGCUCAUCCCCGUUCCGGUAACACGGUAACACCGAAAUGCCAACAGAAAGUGCCUCCAAAAUCGCCGGUUUUUGGCCGCAUAGACGAAUUAAUUAAUUUAGCACGUAAGCCAUAGCCAAACGCGCUGGUGUGUGUGUGAGUGUGGAUUAGACAAGUAGUGUAGUGUCCCCUUGUCGGGAAGCUGGGAGGUUUUUUUUUGUCAUCUUCAUCUGUAAAUACCGGCCAAUUCCCCUAGUGCAGGCUAGUUUAGUAAGAACUCCUGUUUAUGGGCAUAACAAGUACGCUCAAAAAGCUUCCCAUUUUCACGUCAUUUCCAUCCAUCCCAUCAUACACCCAGUCAUAUCUGUAGUAUUGUCUUCCAACACGUGUGUGCCUAGAGAAAAAGAAAAAGCGUGACCGAUUCGAUUUUUUUGUUGUUCGAGUUACAAACAUAAGAGCUUAGCGAAGCGAAGAUGAUCUGUUUUUAGGAUCAACAACGAAACAACAGGGUGUGUG